GGCCCUGUGGACGAUGGCGGUGGGAGGCAGGGGUGCGGCCCCCCGUCCGUGGUGGGGCCUGUUGCUGUGCUGGGGCUUGUCCUGGGCCCAGUACGAGCAGUACAGCUUCCGCAGCUUCCCGCGGGCCGAGCUGAUGGCCCUGGAGGCGGCCUACAGGCACGGCCUCGACCAGUACGGCCAGCAGCAGUGGGCCUCGAGCGCCCAUCACCUGCAGCUCAGCCUCCGGCUCCACCGGCUGCUGCAGGACAGCCAGGCCUUCUGCCACCAGAACUGCAGCCAGGCCGGGGGCUGGCCGGGGGCCCGGCGCCUCGGCUCCCCCGAGGCCGCCGAGCUGCGGGUCCUGGGCGCCCUGGUCCUCCGGGCCCACUGCCUCAAGCGCUGCAAGCAGGGCCUGCCCGCCUUCCGCCAGGCCCAGCCCAGCCGGGACCUGCUGAGGGACUUCAGGGCCAGGGAGCCCUACAAGUUCCUCCAGUUCGCCUGGUUCAAGGCGAAUAACCUUCCAAAGGCCAUCGCAGCUGCUCAUACGUUUCUCCUCAAGCACCCGGAAGAUGAAAUGAUGCAACGAAACAUGGCGUAUUACAAGAGUAUGCCUGGGGCAGAGGAACACAUGAUAGACUUGGAGUCCAAAUCUUAUGAAAGCCUCUUUAUCAGGGCUGUGAGGGCGUACAACGGAGAGAACUGGAGAACCGCCAUCACCGACAUGGAGCUGGCCCUGACGGACUUCUUCAAGACCUUUUAUGAGUGUCUCGCCGUCUGCGAGGGGUCCAGGGAGAUCAAAGACUUCAAAGACUUUUAUCUCUCCAUCGCAGAUCACUACAUCGAAGUUCUGGAAUGCAAGCUCAAGUGCGAAGACAGCCUCACCCCGGUGGUAGGAGGCUACGUCGUGGAGAAGUUUGUCGCCACCAUGUAUCACUACUUGCAGUUCGCUUACUAUAAAGUGAAUGACUUGAAGAACGCCGCCCCUUGUGUGGCGAGCUACAUGCUCUUUGAUCAGAAAGAUGAAGUCAUGAAGCAGAACUUGGUGUAUUACCAGUACCAUAAAGACAAGUGGGAGCUCACUGAUGACCACUUCCAACCCAGACCAGAAGCUGUUCAGUACUUCAAUGUGACCACAAUCCAGAAGGAACUGUAUGAAUUUGCCAAGGAAAAUAUAAUGGAUGAUGAUGAGGGAGAAGUUGUGGAGUACCUAGAUGAACUCCUGGAAAUGGAGGAGAGUAACUGACCAGAAGAAACCAACAGCAUUGUCCCACUCUGCGGAUGGUACAUUCUUUUCAAAGGAGCAGGAAUUUCACCGUGUGCCUUGUCACCUCUUUUAACCCUUCCAGCUCUGAUUAGCCUUUCCUCAGAGCGAUCCUUUGUGCCAAGCACUGAAGGAAAAGGCCCAGAAACUCUGCACCGUUCACUGUCGGGGGGAGAUUCGUCCCCCCCCAACCCAUCCUCCAGGGCCCCCUGACCCUCAGUGGAAAGGGUCCACACACAACUUUCUCUGCCCUGUUUAAUUUUUCAAACAAUGGCAUCUUUUAGGGGGAAAACAAGCCAUCUUCGAAGCUUCUUUUCAGCAUCCUUGGGGGUUUCAUCAUCUCCUGGUGAGGUUUUCCCAGAAAAUACCACGAUGGUUGAGGAAAAGUGAAAGUCAGGGGGACACCUCCAAACUUCGGCCUGACCAGCUUGGGGACGAAUCCCCAGUUCAGUCCAGCCAAAUUCCAUUAGACUGGUAGCCCCACGUGGGACAGGGACCGUGUCCAAUCUGAUUAACUUGUAGCCGCGCCUGCGUGUUGAAAAGUGCCUGACACAUUAACAAAUAAUAAUAAAGUGCACCAGGUGUCCG